AUGGGUCGUUCUGGUGGUAAAGGUCCUAGAAAUAACAAAGGCCAGAAUUUGGCUCCUGAGAAGGAACGUUUUAUCCAGUGUUGUACCGAUGUAACUUUAGAAUUGACUAAUUCUUUGACUGCAGGUACCACUAGAGAAAUUAAUCUAAAUGGUUUAAUUACUAAAUAUUCGAAAAAAUAUAAACUAAAACAGCAACCAAGAUUGACCGAUAUCAUCAAUGCUAUCCCUGAUCAGUACAAGAAAUACCUAUUACCAAAAUUAAAGGCAAAACCUGUUAGAACUGCUUCCGGUAUCGCGGUUGUAGCAGUCAUGUGUAAACCUCAUCGUUGUCCACAUAUAGCUUAUACUGGUAACAUUUGUGUUUACUGUCCUGGUGGUCCAGAUUCGGAUUUUGAAUAUUCUACCCAAUCUUAUACUGGUUAUGAGCCUACGUCAAUGCGUGCAAUCAGAGCUCGUUACGAUCCUUAUGAGCAGGCCCGUGGUAGAAUCGAACAAUUGAAACAAUUGGGUCAUUCCAUCGAUAAAGUCGAAUAUAUCGUCAUGGGUGGUACUUUCAUGUCUUUGCCAAAGGACUAUCGUGAAGAUUUUAUCGUAAAAUUACACAACGCCUUAUCAGGUUUUAAUGGUACAGAUAUAGAUGAAGUUAUACAGUACUCACAACAAAGUUUAACUAAAUGUGUUGGUAUUACAAUCGAAACUAGACCUGAUUAUUGUACUCCGACACAUCUUGAUGAUAUGUUGAAAUACGGUUGUACAAGAUUAGAAAUCGGUGUCCAGUCUAUUUAUGAAGAUGUCGCUCGUGACACCAAUAGAGGUCAUACAGUAAAAGCGGUAUGUGAAACUUUUGCAGUUGCAAAAGAUGCUGGUUAUAAAGUCGUCUCACAUAUGAUGCCUGAUUUACCAAAUGUUGGCAUGGAAAGAGAUAUAGAGCAAUUCAAAGAGUAUUUCGAAAACCCUGAAUUCAGAACAGAUGGUUUGAAAAUCUAUCCUACUUUGGUCAUUAGAGGUACAGGUUUAUAUGAACUUUGGAAGACAGGAAGAUAUAAGUCUUACAACGCAAACGCUUUGGUAGAUUUAGUCGCUAGAAUCAUGGCUUUGGUUCCUCCUUGGACAAGAAUUUACCGUGUUCAAAGAGAUAUUCCAAUGCCACUAGUUACUUCCGGUGUCGACAACGGUAACUUAAGAGAAUUAGCACUGGCAAGAAUGAAAGAUUUUGGUACAACCUCUCGUGAUAUUCGUACAAGAGAAGUUGGUAUCCAGGAAGUCCAUCAUAAAGUCCAACCCGAUCAAGUUGAAUUGAUCAGAAGAGAUUAUUAUGCAAAUGGUGGUUGGGAAACAUUUUUGGCCUAUGAAGAUCCAAAGAAGGACAUCUUAAUUGGUCUAUUGAGAUUGAGAAAAGCUUCAAAGAAAUAUACUUAUAGAAAGGAAUUUACUUCACAAAGAACUUCUAUUGUUAGAGAAUUGCAUGUUUACGGUUCCGUAGUGCCAUUGCAUUCUAGAGAUCCACGUAAAUUUCAACAUCAAGGGUUUGGUACAUUGUUAAUGGAGGAAGCAGAAAGAAUUUCCCGUGAAGAACAUGGUUCUGAGAAAAUUUCUGUCAUUUCUGGGGUUGGUGUCAGAAAUUAUUAUGCUAAAUUAGGAUACGAAUUAGAUGGUCCAUAUAUGUCCAAGCAACUAUAA